GGUUGCGGGGAUCAGGAAUGAGGGCCUCCUUGUGGGUUUGUGGAGGGUCGGUCAGAAUGGAACUGUCUGCAAUCACCUCCUCAUGUCAAGAGAUGAGUGAUACUAAGGAAGUAUAACUAAGCUGCAUGCCCAGCAGCAACUGGGCCCCGGCCUCAGAAUUCAGCCCAGGCAUGUGAGGAGACAGCUGCAGAACUGCAGGUCCCAGGAUACCUUUCACUAAUGAGCACAGAACACGGUCUGUAGGAUUCACGCAUGCCCAGUGUGGCGGCUGGAGCCUGUUUUCCAUAGGCUCCUAACUAGGUUAAAGAAGGUGGAGCACGUGGCCCCACCCCAGAACAGUCUCUAGGACCGCGUCUGAGCAGUGCCCCAGGGUGGAUCCGGAAUUGACCUUUGUACCUCACAGCAGGUCUGGGUUUGUGGUGACUUGCUGGGUGGGUCUGGAACUGGCUGCCAUUCCAACGCGUCUCAGAGCUGCAGGCAAAGGUUUGAAUCCAGGAUCCUUGUGUCCCUGCUCCCCAAUUCCUGACCCCACUCCUGCUCUUCAUUCUCUCCCCAAGGGACCUUCCCACGGGUGACCAGGUCUUUCUUCCUUUCUUUUUGGCUGUGUUGGGUCUUAGUCGCGGUGGCUGGGCUUUGUUCCCUGCCACAGGCAGGGUCUUACGUCCCCAACCAAGGAUCGAACCCACGUCCCCUGCAUUGGAAGUUGGGUUCUUAACUACUGGACUGCCAGGGAAGUCCCAAUAGUCCACUUCUGAUAGUCCCUUACUUGGAGACUCAACUCUUCCCUGUUUCCCGGCAGACAAGAAGUACUGGGAAGGAUGGACCCCAGUGCAUUAUCACCUGAGGGUACAGGUUAGGGAUCAGGGCUGAGGUGGGAAGAUGGUGUCAGUCACCAAAUACGAGGCCUUGAUGACUGCCCUGCCUCCUGUAGGUCCUGCUAGACAGUCACCAUGGCCUCUCAGCUUCUCAGGUUGGAAGAAGAGUCUGGCCCAAACCCUGGGGAGUCUGAACUGGCUGUGAACCCCUUUGACGGGCUCCCCUUCUCUUCCCGCUACUACGAACUACUUGAGCAGCGCCGAUCCUUGCCUGUCUGGGCUGCUCGCUUUAUCUUCUUGGAGCAAUUGGAGAGUAGCCCCAGUGGAGUGGUACUGGUGUCUGGAGAGCCUGGUUGUGGCAAGAGCACCCAGAUCCCACAGUGGUGUGCAGAGUUUGUGCUGGCCAGAGGUUUCCAGAAGGGUUGGGUAACUGUGACUCAGCCUUAUCCUCUAGCAGCCCUGAGCUUGGCCGUGCGAGUUGCUGAUGAAAUGGACCUGACCCUGGGUCAUGAGGUUGGAUACAGCAUCCCCCAAGAAGACUGCACUGGGCCAGACACUCUGCUAAGGUUCUGCUGGGACAGGCUGCUUCUGCAGGAGAUGGCCUCGACCCGGGGCACUGGAGCCCAGGGUGUGCUGGUCCUGGAUGAGGCUCAGGAGCGGUCAGUGGCCUCAGAUUUGCUCCAGGGACUCCUGCGAGAUGCCAGGCUGGGAAGCCUUCCAGGGGACCUCAGAGUGGUUGUAGUUACUGACCCAACCCUUGAACCUAAGCUCCAAGACUUCUGGGGCAACCCUCCUACUGUGUGUGUACCCAGAGAGACUGGCAGGUGUCCCACUCCUGUCUAUAGAGACUCUUUCCCUACUGAUCGAGUGGAAGCUGCCUGCCAGGCUGUGCUUGAAUUGUGUCGGAAGGAGGCUCCAGGAGAUGUGCUAGUGUACCUGCCCAGUGAGGAGGAAAUUUCCCUGUGCUGUGAGUCCUUGUCCAGGAAGGUAGGGUCCUUGGGAAACCAGGGGCCUCCACCACGGGUGCUGCCCCUUCACCCAGGCUGUGGACGAGCUGUCCAGGCUGUGUACGAGGACACAGAGUCGGGUGCCCGGAAGGUUGUGGUCACUCACUGGCUGGCCGACUUCUCCUUUUCCCUCCCUUCCAUCCGACAUGUCAUUGACUCAGGACUGGAGCUUCGAAGUGUUUACAGUCCUCAGAUCCGAGCAGAAUCUCAAGUGUUGAGACCAGUCAGCAAGUGUCAGGCAGAGGCAAGACGACUACGGGCAGCAGGGAUCCCACCAGGAUCCUGCCUCUGCCUGUAUCCUAAGUCCUUCCUAGAAGUAGAGGCUCCCUGCCUGCCCCAGCCCAGAGUGUGGGCGGAGAAUCUGAGCCCCCUGAUGUUGCUACUGAAGAGGAGACAGAUCGCAGAGCCAGGGAGGUGCCACUUCCUGGACCGGCCUGCUCCAGAAGCACUGAUGCAGGCUCUGGAAGACUUAGACUAUCUGGCUGCCCUGGAUGAUGACGGGGACCUGUCUGACCUGGGAGUUAUCCUAUCAGAGUUCCCCCUGGCCCCUGAGCUGGCCAAAGCCCUGCUGGCCUCGUGCGAGUUUGACUGUGUGGAUGAGAUGCUCACCCUGGCUGCCAUGCUCACUGCUGCCCCUGGGUUUACUCGUCCUCCACUCUGUGCAGAAGAAGCUGCCCUGCGUCGAGCGCUAGAACACGUGGAUGGUGAUCACAGCUCUCUGAUCCAAGUGUAUGAAGCCUUUAUACAGAGUGGAGCAGACAAGGCUUGGUGCCAGGCCCGGGGUCUAAACUGGGCAGCAUUGUGCCAAGCCCGUAAACUUCGGGGAGAACUCCUAGAACUGAUGCAACGGAUUGAACUUCCCUUGUCUCAACCAGCCUUUGGAUCUGAGCAGAAUCGCAGAGACCUUCAGAAAGCGCUGGUGUCAGGAUACUUCCUUAAGGUGGCCCGAGACACAGAUGGAACUGGAAAUUACCUGCUUCUCACCCAUAAGCAUGUGGCCCAGCUCUCCCCACACUGCUGCUACAGAAGCCGCAGGGCUCCUGCCAGACCCCCACUGUGGGUGCUUUACCACAGUUUCUCCAUUUCCAAAGACAACUGCCUUUCCAUUGUUUCUGAAAUUCAGCCACAGAUGCUGGUGGAAUUGGCUCCUCCAUACUUCCUGAGUAACUUACCCCCUAGUGAGAGCAGAGACUUCCUGAACCAGCUGAGGGAAGAAAUGACAGAUUCCUCGACCAGGAGUGAAUCUUCCUCCACCCAAGAACUUGAAAAUGCCUGUGUCCUGCAGUGACCUGCCUCUGGGGUGAAGUUGAAUUCAUCUCAUCACAUGAGAUCUUCCCUCAGGCUAGCACCUAGGCAGCCAUCCAGAUUUAGAAGCCCAAGGGUCAAAUGUAAAUACUGGAACCUGAGUCCCAAGAAAUGGAGCUGGGAGUGGAGCAAAUUGGUUAAGCCCCAGUCUAUACAGGGUAGGACCAAUUCCUUAGCUUUCUUCUAUUUAUUGAAGAGGAACUGACAUGCCCUCCAUACCCCCAACUUAUGCCAAACCCAUCCUUGUGCUCCCUUUUGGUCUAUAAAAGUUGUUUAUAUGAUACCAAA